CCAUCCUUUUAAAAAUCUACGGCCGCGCGUAUUUCACCGGACCUGAUCAAACGACCCCUUCAAAUUCGCCGGUGCUGGCAUGCAGAAGUUGCUGCUGCUACAACGGCUCAGGACGAUGAAACUGUCGAGAAAAUGGAGGAGAAGAUCUCCAGGCGACGACGAUAAAUUCUCUCUUCCCACUCGCGACGAUUUCCAACCCAUCGAUACUCAAGAGCAAGAGGAGCUUGUUCGGUCCUUUGAGAGGAAUCAUGCUCAGCAGAGUUUUCUCUGGAGGGUUGUUUUUGCAGUCCUCAUCCUUUGCUUUUCUGCGUUUCUCAUCUUUUCCAUCUUUCAGCAAGCUUCAUCGCCUUGGGAAUUGCGCUAUCAUGCUUACUUCAUGGAUGAGAUUGAGUCAUGGACAGUCAUUUCUGCAGAAUGUGUAGCAGUCCUGGCUUGUUUGAUGGCAGUCAAGGGACUGGCACUUCAUGAUUCAAAGCCCCAUCUGCAAUGGCUGUGGUACUCAUGCUAUACUGGCCUUUUCCUUGCUGUGUUCUGGCUAUAUCACAUGUUGAGGAUGCCGAAAUUUCGAUGGGAUGUUAUAUGGCUGCCAUUUGGUCCAUCAAGUGCUGCUGGAAUCUGCCUCUAUGUGGACCAUCUGCUAGCAGACUCGCUAGAAGAAGUUCGGAAGCUGCGUGGUUGCAUGUAUUCCUACAAGACAUCCUAAAACAAUUUGUAAUGCAUUUUGCUUCAUCCAAUCUUUUCAUCAUCACAGUCACCAUCUUUAGCCUCAUUGAGGGUAUCUUUGUCACUUUUGCAUUUUAUUAUAUAAUCAUUGAUGAUCGCCAGAUAUGUUCAUCUGUUCCAGUUCCUACAAAUUCAAGACAACAGGGAAAAUGCUAGUUUUUUUGGAAGAAAGCAUAUUAGCUCCAACCAUAUUCUGUUUAUAUCUUUUUUGAAAAAAAAUAAAAUAAAAUAAAAUAAAUCUAUCUUAUUUAUUAAAGGUGUGUAAAUGUAUGGAUCUUAAAAUUAAAGAGGGUUUAUAGUAUACUGUCUGAGCAUGAAGAUUGAUAUUUGGUCCUACAUCAACUGUACAUGUAGCAUAUGUUUGUUGAUUCAGAUUUUUCAAUAAAAAAUUACCUUGAUUA